AUGACAACUAGUAUAACUUUUAAUCCAUAUGAAAAUGAUGAUAAACGUUUAUUAGAUAAUUAUCAUUAUUUAGCUGAACGACGAUGUUUAAAACAACAUUUACAUCAUACACCACUUACAUUAAGACGAAGUAUAUCACUUGAAGAUACUUCAACAGAUGUUGAUUUGAAUUUAUUAGAAAAAACAAAAGAUAAACAUUUAUUAAAUUUAUCUCAAAUACAAAAUAAUCAAUUAAGUUCUUCAUUAAAUUCUCUUUGUCUUCAAUUUCGACGAUAUCAAUUAUUACCUGAAUAUGAUGAAGAUGUAGCUAAAUCAUCACAUGAACACGAUUUUAAUUGGUGGAAAACAAUUGCUCAUUUAAGACCUAUUGUUAAAAAUGCAAUUAUGUCUGAUUAUAGAAAAAAUGAUUAUUUUCCUCAAACAUCUGAUAAUGAUGAAUAUUUAACAUUUAAAAAUUGUAAAAGACAACAACGUCGAAAUGCUGUUUGUAUUGAAAUAGAUCGACUUUAUUAUAAUGAUCAACUUCUUCUUUUUGCUAUGGUUGCUAAUCAAAUUCAACUUGAACAUCAUCUUACUUUUUCAGGAUUUAGUGAAUAA